AUGUCGGUGAUUCAGCUUGAAGAUCUGGUCUUGUACCAGCUACGCACGAGCUACCUCAAUGACAUCGCCGAUGGUGUCGGUGAGCGUCUGUUUACCUUGAAUGAGGGCUUCUUGAAUUCAGCUCCAUUCAAGGCCGCAGGAUGGCGCACAAAUCCCGCCCUCAUCAAGCGGACUCACUCUCCUCCGAUCCCCACCGCGGUUGCCUCCGAGUAUUUCCAGGCACCCCGCCGCGCGGGUCUGACGCUCGAGGACGAAGGGGAAGAAGGCGGUCUGUUCUCCGGCAGUGUACCCGAUACCGUGGGCCCGAGCAUGGCAACAAAGCGCCGCCGCCGCCGGGAACACAUGGAGGAGGAGGACAGCAGUGACCUCAGCGACGAAAGCGACGACGAACCAGACCAGCGCGCUGCUCAACAGAUCAAGUUUGCCAAAAUGCCCGUGAGGAACCGCUCGGGAUCUUCGCCUCUUCAAUCGUCGAACCUCCGCCAGACCACCACCAUGUCUUCACCCCGGCCGGCCGGAAGGAGAGGCUCCCAGUCAGCACUCGAGACAGUCAAGGAGAGAGCACGGCGCGAUACCGUCACGAGUAGCGAGGUCUCAUCCGAGAACGAGUUCGACGCCUCCGGCUUCCAUAAGCACCGAGAGGCUGCGCGGGCUGCCGCUGCCCGCGCUGCAAAGCUAUCUGUCAAACUCAACACAGAGCCUACCGAAGGCGUGAGACGCCAGGCGAGCGAUCUCCUUGAAGACGAAGAGGACGAUUCGGACGCCUCGGACAUGUCGUCGGCUCUCAUCGAAAGCAUCGACUCGGCCUCGAUCUUGGAGGCCGUCAAGAAUCCUUUGAAUGCGUCCCUUACGCAUCAGGUGGUUGGCACCCCUCCUCGUGCCUUCACACGAAGGUCUACCAUACGCAAGUCCGCCAUUCAUGCGCCUUUGCACGCGCCCAUUGGAGAGCUGCCUCCGCCACGACCUAUGAGCACGAUACGGCCCUUGAGCAUGAUGCAGCCAAAGAGCUUGCUCUCUACGGCGCUGAAAGCAAAGAAAACCAAGCCGGCCCUUCCUUUUGAUACGUUCGCCUCCUUGUCAGGCCAAGGCGACCCGAACCCCAUCAUGCUACGAAUUUACGCGCCUUUCUCCGAAACGCCUUCGCGGCCCUUUGAGGUUCUUAUCAGGCGGACUGUACACCAAGGGGAAGGCGGGGAUAGACCUGUGACGGUGGCCGAUCUGAUCGGGUUAAGCCUAUGGCGAUACAAUGAGGAAAAGCGAGAGCCGUCGCUCCCCCGCGACAAGCUAGAUGUGAACUGGUGGACCCUACGUAUGGUCGAGGAAGACGGCGAGAUUGACGACGACUUCCCGCCUCUCGAGCGCAAGAAGGGGCUCAUUUCAUUUACCACCGUCAACAACAAGGCCGGCCGAUCUCGUUCCAACUCUAGACUCUACGACAUUUUCGGCCUGGUGCAGGCCUCGCCCGAUGAGUUUGAGGAAAACAAACGCAACACACCGCAGUUUGAGCAAGAACCCGCCGAGGAGGAGGAGGACAAGGACCCGACACCCCGGAACACCCCGCGACCCGACGCUGGCCUGCCACCGCCGUCUCGGCCCCGAGAAAACCCGCUCCUGAACACGGCGUACCGCGCGAACACCACAAUAUUUGCCGACAUCCCGCAGUCCACGCAGCCGGCCAACGUGUCUUCGCGCGGAGAGAAGAGGCUUUUGCGUAUCCACAUACACUCGUCUGACAUUGCCCCGGGGCAGAUGAUCACAUUGGACGGGAAGAAGUCAAAGCUCCUGGGGACGCACCCGUUGGCCAAAGAGGUGGCGAAGCAGGAGGAGCUCGGGGUCGCCGCUAAUUACAAGAAGUAUACGGUUUGGCGGAAGCAGCCGAUGCGACUGUUGUCGGAGAAGCUGCUUGCCAUUGAUGGCGAGUAUGUCCAUAUCAUGCCUGCGUCCAGCGGCAAGAUGGCCGAUGCGGACGGGAAGUCAACUACUGUCCACUUCAGCAAUGUGGUGGGCUGCAAGGUCUCACGCAAACACCCGACGAACUUCAAGCUGGUUGUUUACAAGUCGACCGAGAGUAAGAGGUACGACUUUGUCACCAGCAGCGCAGAGUACGCGGCCGAUAUUGUCACGGAGCUCAAGAAGGGCAUUUCGCCGUACCGAGAAGUCUAA